AUGAAUAAGUUUGGAUAACAUAUGGGCUUAAGCUUAGCCCAGCAGAAGUAAAUGAUGCAACUCUAAAAUUAAUAAAUGUAAAUGAUGAAUUAAGAUUAAUGGUAUGAUUAACAAGAAGAAGGAGUAAUUGAUAUCGAUUUAGAUUAAAUCACUAACUCUAUGAUUAUGCAAGAGGACAUAGAUGAAAAUUAUGAACCUACAUAAGAAGAGGUUAUUGAAUAUGCAAAAUACUUGGGAAUGGAUUUAGUUCAGGAUAAAGAUUUAUUUUAUAUUGCGAGAGAAGGUUUAAAGGCUCCUCUACCUGAACCAUGGAGACCUGUUAAGCAUCCUUCGGGGGAGAUAUUUUAUUUAAAUUUAGAAACUAGAGAGGCUUAAAUUGAUCACCCAUGCGAUUCAUACUAUUAGGAGUUAUUUAGAAAAGAGAAAGAAAAAAAGAUGAUGAGAUAGGCAGAGCAAAAAAUAAAGCAGAUAAGAGGUGCUACUAAUAAUGAAGAUGAGUAUAAUUCUAUUGGAAAAUCUCAAUAAAAAAAGAGUUUGCCUGCAGUUUUGCCUAAACAUGACAUAUUUUCUAAAAAGAAUGACCCUUUGAUAAAGAUUACACAAGAGAAAAAACUUAACGAAUAUAGAAAUCAGUAAAAAUAAAAGCUUUAGGAAAGAAAGAAGGAAAUAGAUGAAAUUUAUAAAAAGAAAUUCAAACAACUUGAGGAGUAGCAUCAAUAAAAGUUAGAAUAAAUAAAGGAAGAUUAUGAACAUAAAAAGCAAGAGGAAGAAGAAGAGCUAUAAAAGUAGCUCGAAGAAUUGAAAAACGAUGACGAGUCUGGAUUUAAAGAAGAGCUUGAAAGGUAUGAAAAUGAAAUACGAGAAGAGCUUAAAAAAACUAAUAAAACACGAAUCGAUGCAGAAAAAAAGGAUUAUGAAAUGAGACUCUAAAACUACAAGCAAACUAUCCAUUAGCAAUAUGAAGAUCUUUUAUAAAGGAAGAAAGAAGAAAUUAAGCAAGAUUAUGACAGAAAAUUCAAGGAUUUAGAAAAAGAGGAGCAAGACCUUAAAAAUGACUCUAGGUUUAUUGAAUUUAACGAGCAUGAAGAACUUGAAAAUUUGAAGCAAAAAUUCUUACAUGAAUAAGAAGAGAAAUUCAAUAGAGACAAGGAAAACGUUAAGAGAAAGUACUAAGAAUAAUUAAGGUAAUUCAAAGAAAAGGAGAUGGAAAAACAUUAAAAAAGGUUAGAUGAGCUUUAUUCUAGUGUGUAAAAAGAAACUAAAUUAAAGUAAGAUUUUGAUGAAGAAACUUACAAAAAAGAUUUAGAAGAAGAGUUGUAAGAAAAGCUAAGAGGACUGCAAAGCGAAAUUGAGAAUAAAUUUGAACUAGAAAAACUUAAUAUUCUUUAAAAACUGAAAGAGUAUGAAAAUCAAAAGAAAUAAGAAUUUGAAAAGAAAUUGGAAGCAGAGAUAAAACAGGUUGAAAUGCAAUGGCAAAGAGAAAAAGAAAAGAAAGAAUAAGAAUUAGAAAUUGAAAAAAACAAAAUUGAAUAAAAGGCCUUAGAAGAAUAUUUAACCUUCAAAGCUAACUUUGAAAAGUAAAUUCAAAAUGAAGAGAAGAAAAUUAGAGAUUUGUUUAAUUCUGAGCAGUAAAUGAAAAUGGAAAAAGAAAAAAUAUCUCAAGAAAUUAUUAUAAAGCUUUAAAAUGAACUCAACAUUCUGACUGAUGAAUGUAAGAAAAUAUAAAGGGAAAAUGAGGAAAUCAGACAGUAGCAAAAACAAAUUAAAGAUAAUAUAGACUCAAAAAAGAAACUGAUAGAAUACACAGAAAAAGAAAAGCAGCUUAUUGAUGAAAUUUAAGAUAAAGAUAAAAUAAUUACUCAACUUAAAUAGCAAAUUGAUGAGUUGGAUGAGCAAGAAAUUAAUUUGGAAAAAGAAGAAGCUCUCAAUUUCUAUAAAACUAAUAACACAAAAAUCAAAAAUAGCACUAAUUAAAAAUUAAACUUAAGAGAUCUUGAUGGUUAUUCUUCAGAUGGUUCUGAGGCUGUUAAUUUUGAAGAUAAUAAGUAAUUAAAAUCUGCUUUAAAGCAAGUUUCUCAAGAAAUAGAUAAAGAAAAAUAUAAACUUUUAAGCGAAAAAUUGUAAAUAUAAAAUGAUUUAUAAACUCUUUAGAAAGAAUACAACUAAAAUAUAGAUAACUUUGAAAAAAAAGCAUUUUUGAUGAAUAUAAAGGGUGUUCUCGAAUCUAAGCUUUAGGAAGUAGAGAAGAAGCUAAAACGUUUAGUGUAAAUUUAUUAAAUCAAAUUUUAUUUAAAUUUUGUUAAAUAAUAAAAAAUUAGAAAAGUUAAUGGCUUAAUAGGUAAAAAUUCAGAAGGCGAAUCUUCUUAAAACUAAUAGAAAAUAUAAGUAAUCGAAUCUGAAAUAUAAAUUAAAAAUUAAGUUAAAUAGAUCAAUUAAACAAAUUAAACAGAAACAAAUAAAAAUAAUAAUGAAAUGAGUAGCAAAUUUCUUUAAGAUUAUAAUAAUUUUUUAAGUAAAUAUAACUCCAAAUAAUGA